AUGGAAAAAUCAAAACUACUUCUUUUUGUGUUUCAUCUCCUUGGGAGUUUAUUGGUCUUUAAAUACAAAGCUGUUUAUGGUUGGCAUGAUUUGGAUAACACAGAGUAUGAUUGCUGGCCCUUAGAGAAACCAGAUGAAGUCAAUAUGAUAGAUUGCGGAGGUCUAGAGAUGGCAUGGGUUCACAGGCCUCCUGAGGUGUCUGUAAGCGGAGAAACCUUUGAUGUGACAUAUUCAGUCAUUGCAUCUGAUGAGUUCUACAACUUUGCAGUUACUAAUAGAAUCUUCACUCACAGUGAUGCUGUGUCUGCUAAAAGGUUUUGUGAGGAACAAGAAUGUCCAUCUAACUGGAAAGAUGCAAAUGAAGAUAACUGUUGUGUUCAUCACGCUAAUAUCCACUCCUGCCCAUUGUCCUUCAUGGUAAGUGCAUGAAUUUGUGGUCCUUGGAUUCCAGAUGACGGUCAAAUAUUUACUCAUACCAUAUCCACUGCUGGAAAAAUGACACAAGAGAACUGGACUGCAAAGGUUGUUUUAGUCCAUGUUGGUGUAACUUCCCUUAUUGCCCACAUAAGGGUUGGCAAAAUGCAAGUUGCUCUUGAAGCUAAAACCCUGGUAUUGCCUGCAGUAGUAUGUGGAAAUGGUAUAUGUGAAGAAGAGGAAGUUUGCUCAACAUGCCCUGCUGAUUGUGGGGAAUGUCAUCUGUCGUAUGAUACCCGAAUAGCAAUAGCUAUUCCGGUGACACUAACUAUUGCAGGGUUCAUAUUAGCACUGGUGGGGUUUCAAUACCAAAAGCAAAAAAUGUUUUGGGAUGAAAGUUGGAUAAUCGACUUUAGUCAAAUAAAACAAGAUCGCAGCGCUGCCCGGACCAUAACAACAAGCACACUCAGUGUUGCACAGGCUAAAAGCAAUUCUUACGCCAGCUGUAUCACUGCUAUAAGCUCCUGCACUGGGGCUGUCAACACUUCCAGAAAGCAAUUCUUUACUCAGACUGGCAGAUAUGAUGGAAGAAUAGUGGCCAUAAAGUUAAUACAGAAGAAGUCAUUCACUCUCUCCAAAACUAUACGUAAGGAAAUAAAGCAAGUCAGGGAACUUGAUCAUCCCAAUCUGUGUAAAUUUAUUGGAGGCUGCACUGAAGUGCCCAAUGUUGCCAUUGUUACAGAGUACUGUCCAAAGGGGAGUUUGAGUGAUGUGCUAUUAACUGAAGACAUUCCUCUAAACUGGGGCUUCAGGUUUUCCUUUGCUAAUGACAUUGCACAAGGAAUGGCAUAUCUUCACCAGCAUAAAAUGAUUCAUUCACGUCUAAAGUCCACUAACUGUGUGAUUGAUGACCGCUGGGUAUGUAAAAUUACAGAUUAUGGUUUGGAUCAUUACCGCAGAGUAGAUUUCUGGGAUGAGUCUAGCACACAUCAUGAGCGCCUCUUGCACGUGUACAUGCCCCCUGAAGGGCCGACAGUGUCCAGUCCAGAGAAAUCAGCAGCAGGGGAUAUGUACAGCUAUGCAAUCAUUUUGCUAGAAAUAGCCACAAGAAAUGAUCCAGCGUCGAAAGAUGAAAAUACUUCAGAAGAAUACUGCUGCCUUCCUUUACCGGAGUUAAUUAAAGGAAAAUCAGAAAAUGCAUGCCCAUGUCCAAAUGAGUAUGUGGAGCUGAUCAGGAAGUGCAGGAGCCAAAACCCGACCUACAGACCUACAUUUGAGCAGGUCAAGAAACAGCUGUACAAGAUGAAUCCAAACAAAGUCAGCCCUGUGGAUAUGAUGAUGACACUGAUGGAAAAGUACAGUAAGCAUCUAGAACUAUUGGUAGCAGAACGUACACAAGACUUAAUGCAUGAAAAACAGAAGACAGACAGAUUAUUAUACAGUAUGCUGCCUAAACAAGUUGCGGAUGAUCUCAGACAAGGCAAACCUUUACAAGCCCAGAGUUAUACCAGUGCCACUAUAUAUUUCAGUGACAUUGUUGGCUUCACACAUUUAUCCAGUACAAGCACUCCAUACCAAGUGGUAGAUUUCCUCAACAAACUUUAUACUACAUUUGAUGACAUCAUCGACAACUAUGACGUAUACAAAGUGGAGACUAUAGGAGAUGCCUAUAUGGUCGUUUCUGGAGUCCCAAAAGAAAAUGGUAUAAAACAUGUGAGUGAAAUAGCAAGCAUGGCCCUAGAUUUAGUUGCUGUUUGCAAGACUUUUCGAAUUCCUCACAAACCCAAUACACAGUUAAAGAUUCGAGCUGGCAUUCAUUCAGGUCCUGUAGUUGCUGGCGUUGUGGGCACAAAAAUGCCUCGUUAUUGUUUAUUCGGAGAUACAGUUAACACGGCUUCAAGAAUGGAAUCUACAAGUGAAGCUCUCAAAAUCCAGUGUAGUUCCAGUGCGCAUGAUUUACUGAAGCAGAUUGGAGGUUAUAUAUUGGUAUGCCGUGGGACAUUACAAGUCAAGGGGAAAGGAGAUAUGGUAACCUACUGGCUGGAAGGCAAGACUUGUACAUCAGCAAAGAAAAUUAACCCACAUACAUCAUCAUCCAUUCAAGAAAAAGACAUCUUUAACCUGAUACCUGGAGUACUGUCCAGGGAACCACUGUCAACUUAACUAUAAAGAACAUUAAAGGAAUACUAAACCCAAUGUUUUUCUUUAAUGAUUCAGAUAGAGCAUGACAUU